AUGCAGCCACAAAAUAAUGUAAAUCUGGGGAGAUCGGAUAACCCCACCGCGUCGGGAUCGCAUAACUCUCGCGUGCAGGAUUUGGUACCUGGGUCCUGUUCGACAAGUAUGCCACAGAACAACAGAAAUAGAACACCUUUGCAGUCCGGUGAACAGCAUAUACAUUCCGAUAUAGCUCUUACCGUGGCUGGCAGACCACGACAGCGCAGAAAAUGGACUAAUACUAUAAAUGAAGAUUUAUUACGCGCCUACUAUAUAGCUACAAACAAUGAAAGAGAUAUGACAGCAUAUCGAACUACACUACAUACAAUAUUCGUUGGGCACCAUCCGGACUAUAAUGUAUCGGAACAGCGACUAGCGGAUCAAGUACGGGUUAUUCAUAGAAACAAUCUUAUACCAGAAUCAAGACGAAACGCUAUCAAAGAAUCGGUUGCCGAAGUAAGUAAUGAUCAAUCGACAGAAACUGCAGAAAAUGAGCAAGUGCAAUUUGAAUCAACUAACACUUCUACAAACAUACAUGUACCAGGAACACGUAAUAAUGUAAAUACGAUAGAAGUGGAAAAUGAACAACCACCUCCUGCUUUAAAUGUAAAUUUAAUUGAUGUCGAUGAAACCACGGAUCAGCAGGAAGAUGUAAGUAAUGAACAAAUUAGAAUUAGAAUUAAUCAGCAUAGCUUAAAUGAGAUUUUUGAACAACAAUUUGACAUUUACAGCAACCUUAACCCUCUUUUAAGGCCACGUAUUCCGAAGAUUAAUACUAGUAAGAAGCUAAGUUUUCUUAUUGAAACACUUAACAAUGAUGCGAUCCUGAUAAAAUUGAACAAUGUGAGCAAUUUGCAAGAAUUACAUACUAUUGUAUAUGUAUCAGCUAUAACAAUUGCUACUACAAUGGGAUGCAAGAUAGGACAACCCAGAGAUGGACCACGAAGAGCUGCAAUUUAUGGAAAUAAAAGUAAUACGCUACGAAGAAUACAAAUUAAAAUUGAUCAUUUAAGAGGAGACUUAGAAAGAAUAAAUAAGUACAUUGAAGGCAAUCCUACAAGAAGACUUAAAAACAGGAUCAAUACGAUAUUAAAAACAUACAAUCUUCACACACGCUACGAAACAAAUCACACGAAUAUUAUUAACACAACAGACACUAUAAAACAGAAACUAUGUGUACAAGUAGCGAGACAGCGUAAAUACAAGUUGUCGAAUCAAAGACGAGAAAACAAUAGACUCUUUAACAACAACGAAAAGCAAUUCUAUAGAAAAAUACGAUCCAAUACCAAUACGUCAGACGACGUAUAUCCAAGUAAGAAUAGUGCAGAAAAUUACUGGAGUUCACUGUGGUCCAAUACACAAAAACAUAAUGAAUCCGCUCAUUGGAUUGAAAAAGAGAAAGAGAAAUAUCAAGAAAAAAAAAUGUCAACUUGUCUAAUUACAUGUGAUCAGGUCAAACGAAUUAUAGCAAAAACACACAACUGGAAAUCUCCUGGACCAGAUCACAUACAAAACUUUUGGUUUAAAAGAUUUACUGCAGUCCAUCAAAAAUUAACUGAACUUUUAAAUGAAUGUCUACAAAACCCCGCAACAUUUCCAAUCAUUUUUACGAAAGGAAAAACAUAUCUAAUGGCGAAGAAUAAUGGAUUUAAAGGAAACCCAGCAAAUGGCCGUCCAAUUACUUGUCUCCCAACAAUAUAUAAGAUACUGACUGCUUGUAUUAGCGAUCUUAUAAAUACAUACCUUACACAAAACGAUAUAAUGUGCGUAGAACAGAAGAAUAGUAUAUGGAUGAUUUAA